UGGCGGAAGCGGAGGAGGCCAUGGAGGGGGAGGGGGAGGUAGCGGAGGAGCCCACGAUGCUAUAGAGAAUGACCUAAUGAAACUACUUGAUGAAGCACAACACAAAGGGAAGCCACAGCAAGACAGCAAGUAUGGUAAGGGAAAUAAGUACUCUGGAAGUUUCUCAUACGGUUCAUCAAACCCAGGGAUGAUGGCUCAGUCUCCCGUAUGGGUUCAAACCCCGUAUGGUUACAUGCUGGCUUCGCAGCCUUCAAUGAGCGGUUAUCCUUACAGUAUGCCUUCCCAUGAUGCCACAAGUGGUAGUCCAGCUAAUGCCCUUACCAACCUGAUAGCACAAUAYAUAGCUAAAGCUCAAGCAAAGAAGGCAGCAGCCGCAGCUAAAGUARCACCGAAACCGGGAUUGACACCAGCACAGAUACUUACACUUAUUCAAGCAAUAAAAGCAGCCAAGGCCUCCUCGACAUCACCCGGCACAGCAAACCCAACAACGGACGAAGCAGCGCCAUUGAUUKCAAAGAUUAAAGAAAUUAUAGCAAUUCAUGAAGCAGCCGCUGAAGCUAAGGCAAARGCGUCUGCAGACUCAAGUAGUAUGUCAGUCAAAAGGGAUUUGAAGUCAGUGGAAAAGAUAAAAGCAGCCGAUGUCGCGACAGAGGGAGCAACAGCAACCAAACCUGGCUGGCCUGAAGUCAAAGCGAUACUUGAAUCUUUUGGAAUUCCAAUUGCAACCCCUGCACCUGUAGCUAAAACCGCAGCAAAUCCAUUUUCAGAGUUACUUAAUAAAAUGAGUACUUCCAGUGAUCCCGUCAUGGCAGCAGCUCCAUUCGCAUCUAURUGGCCAUCGAUAUCAAAGGAACUCACGGCGUCUGGUAUUCCCAUCAGUCCAGCGGCGACCAUAACCCCMGAGGGAUGGCUUAAAUUGAAAAGUUCAUUGUUGACACCACUAGCUGGUUCGACUCCAGCCAAACCAUUCUGGGCGUCGUUUAUGGCACCYAAAGCAGACCCACCAGCUUCUGGUCAGCCAUUCUGGAUGCAGUUCAUCAAACCAAAACCCACUGGUAAACCUUCUAAUGGUAAUAAUGUUGUCCCCCCUGGUAGCUUUAUUCCGGUCAAUCCAUCGGCCUUCAUGCCUUCUGGUGGCUUUAUUCCUGCCGGKGGGUCAUUUAUACCAGCACCAAUCAACAACUUACUUCCAUUAAAGGCAGCUUUURUACCUGGUGGUUCGUUCGUGCCUCCUCAAGUUUCAUCAUACUUAUCACAAAUGUCAGACCCUGCGAUGUUCCCUGGAGCAAUGCUACCAUAUAUGGCAGCAAAUAAGGCAGGCUCAUCAGCGGUCGCACCUUGGUCAGCGUACAUGGGUUCACCAGGUGCAUUUCAGUUGCCAACACCAGCACCACCAAAACCAAACCCUUUCUUGGAGUACAUUAAAUCAGCSAAGAAAGACCCCAAGUUAAGUGCUUCUCUACCAUGGUGGACUGCACUGAUUAAAGAACCAGCACCUACUACCACACCAGCUCCUAAUCCUUUCCUGGAAUUCGUUAAACAGUAUAUGAGUAAAACUGGUAUAUCUGUACAGCCUCAACAACCUGAACCAAAGAAAACACCUCCAACAGUCGCCCCCARUACUCCUCCGCCGGCUGUGGUGCCAGCUGACUUAUGGGCUGCGUUCUUAAAGACUUACAAGGGUACYGCAGGGGCUGCUAGUGGUACUAGAUAAUUAGUUUACGGUUAGUUAGGAUCUUUAUUAUYAUAUUGUUGUAUCCAUAUUAAGUCACUGGUGUUCAUUGAUUCAUUUUUAACUCCUAAUUAAGGAUAUUUGAACUGUAACUUGUGAAAAAUUAUCUGAAAGAUGUUGGGUUUUUUUUCUUUUGUUCAUUAUGGCACGGACGGAGACAAGUGCUUGUAUUCUUGCCAAGAAAGCAUAAAAAUGUAUUUGAGUUUAAAAUAUGCGAGAACUGAGAUUUAUGUCGUCGCUUCAUUGUUAUCAAGUCUAUAUUCUUGGUUAACAACAUUAAGAUUUAGUGGUAUAAAGAUACAUUUUUUAAUUUCCUUUUUGGUAGACUGAAAUGAUUAUUUUUCACAGUUUUGAAGUCUGACGCUCUUUGAGUGUCUUGAAGUCUCAAUUCAGACCACGUGACUAUUCUACAAUGACCAAAAAAAACAUGAUCUGAAAUAUGAAUUCAUGGCGCUCGAACCCCAGGUAGUCAUUAAGCUGCUUAGUUUCAAAGAAUUAACUUAUUUAUAUACAAUACAGGAUGCUUAACCUUUUGAUUUUCUUUCUAGAUUGCCAGUCGGCUAUUGCGCAUUUAUAUUGUUAACAUUCAUAUUAGCUUUGCAAUUCUUGGUUGUAGUACAUGUCUUUCAUAUUAAAGCUUUUUAAUAAACUCAAUACCACUGAGUUCAAAA